AUGCCGGGUCGCCUACUCCCCAACUUCGUUCGGGGCUCUGGCUUCACCCAACAUUCGGGUUCUUCGACUCCCAUUCACUCAAAUUCCUCCUCCACCGCUUCCGUCAAUGAGAUUUGCCCCCCUCCAGCUCACAAGAAACUUGCACACACACAUUCAGAUCGAGCCCGUUCUCCGGAACGUCGUCUCUCAUUUCACAUGGAUAGCUUCAUUCAUCCCCAUCGAGAACAAUUAAAAGAAAAGCGUCGCAGCAUGGUUCGCUCUAAGGAACGUGUGACCAAGGAGGAGCAAAUUCAACCUUCCGCCAAACUCGAUGUUCUCGUUGAAUCACCUCCUCUGGUCUGCUACGGCAGUCCUGCCACCUCGACAGGUGCUCUUUUCUCUGGCCGGCUGCGUGUUGCUGUGCCGAGUGGUGAGCUUACUCUCAACCAGUUCGAUGUGCGCCUGGUCUCGAAGACCACCACCAAGAAGCCUGUCUCCAACCACUGCCCCAACUGCAUCUCUCGCACUGAGGAAUUGACCCGCUGGAACUUCAUCACUGAGACUCUUCACCUGACAACGGGUGACCACGACUUCCCCUUCAGCUAUCUUUUCCCCGGUAACCUGCCCGCCUCCUGCAAUGGCACCCUUGGUCAGGUCGAGUACUUCCUGAUGGCACACGCCAAGAGCACCGGCGGUGAGGAUUUCACUCUGAAGCUUCCCCUCAGUCUUCGUCGUGCCUUGAUCCCCGGCAAUGACAAGUCUUCCAUUAGAAUCUUCCCUCCCACCAACCUCACUGGCCGAAUUGUGCUUCCCUCGGUUGUUCACCCCAUUGGCCAAUUCCCUGUCGAGAUGACUCUUAGUGGUGUCGUCGACAAGGGUGAAGAAACUCAGACUCGUUGGCGUUUGCGCAAGAUGAUGUGGCGCAUCGAAGAGCACCAGAAGAUCGUCUCUGCCCCAUGCACUAAGCACAACCACAAGAUUGGCGGUGAUAGCAAGGGUGUCCUCCACCAGGAGACCCGCAUUAUCGGUCAUAACGAAGAGAAGGACGGCUGGAAGACUGAUUUCGAUACCGCUUGCGGUGAAAUCACUAUGCCAUUCGAGGCUUCCAUCAACCCUGCCACUAAUCCUGUCUGUGAUAUGGAAGCUUCCGAGGCUUCUGGUGGCCUAGAGGUUAAGCACAACCUUGUCAUCGAGUUGAUCGUGGCCGAGGAAUUCUGCCCCAACCGCAACACUCGCCUCAUCACCCCAACUGGCGCCGCCCGUGUCCUCCGUAUGCAGUUCAACCUCAAUGUCACAGAACGCAGUGGUCUUGGUAUCAGCUGGGACGAGGAGAUGCCUCCAGUCUAUGAGAAUGUCCCCGCAAGCCCUCCCGGCUACUACAAGCUUGACAACGACACCCGCAGUGUCAUGGAGGACUACCACGGAUCUCCCCUCGCUCUCCCCGACUACGAGGACCUCGAGCGCAUGGAAUCUCUCCGCCUCGACAGUUCCUCCACCCACUCAUCUCUCGACUCCCGAGGACGUGCCCGCUUCACAUCUGACGACCUAAUCACUGGCGGCAACUCCCCAGGUUCAUCUACACCUCCUUCCCGUGCGCCAUCUCGGGCUACCUCAGUGGAUUCAUCCUGGCAGUGA